AUGACAUCCUCCAAGACUUGGCUUGUCACCGGUGCAUCUUCCAUUCUCGGAGCCGCAGUGGCCGAGACGGCCCUACAAGCCGGACACAAAGUGAUCGCCACGGCUCGCAACUGCACCAAAGCAGCCGAGGACAACCCGCGCAUCUUGCAGCUUGGAGGAAGCUGGAUUGAGCUCGACGUGGCAUCCCCCAGCACCACUAAAAUAGUGGAGGACGCAGUCAACAAGGCUGGCGGUGUUAUUGAUGUGGUUGUCAACAACGCCGGAUACUCGCUGUUGGGCAGCAUUGAGGACAUGAGCGAGGAUGAGAUCGAGGUCCAAUUUAGCACAAUUGUUUACGGGCCCGUCCGUGUGUUGAAGGCAGUCCUCCCUUUCAUGCGCAUGUCUGAAAGCCUUGCACGAGAACUACAGCCGUUUGGAAUUCGAGUACUCGUCGCCGAGCCGGGAUCACUCCGAACAAAUUUCUGGAGUGCCUAUGUUGAGCCUCGCGCUGGCAUGAACAAAGCAUACGUUGGGACCCCCUGGAAAAUGUCCUUCGAGCUUUCAAGACGAACACAAGGACCCAGCCAGGCGAUGCUGUCAAAUGUGCUCAAAGAAUUCUAG